AUGUUGUUCAGCAAGAUUUCUACGCUCAUCCUCCUUGCCCUCACUGCGAGUGCUGCACCAGUCAAACGACAAAGUGGUAGUGAGGGUGUCCCUGAGCCUUGGGAAAUUGGUGUUACCAUUAUUCCCGGACAAGGUCCAAGAGAAGAUAGUCCAUAUACCCGUUAUCCACCUGGGUCGACCGGCAAUUGUGGGAAUUCGACAAACGCGUGUCAUGAGUUGUGCCAUGUUGAUCAGCAGCUGUCACUUCCAGAUCAAAUCCAAUGUGAAGACGAAUGCUAUCGGGAGGAAUCAAUUCGGUGCUACCAUGACGAGGAAGAAAAGAAGCAGCAACAGCAAUUCGGUACCCCCCGGGACGGAAAUCCUGCCCCUGGGGCCAGUGGUACACGUUAA